AUGUCUGAAUACUAUAAUUCUAUCAUUAAAGCUCUGAAUAAAAAGAGUUACCCUCGUGUGCGGGAACUUACACUUGCUGACUCCGACAAGGCAGCCAGGACACUUUUGGAAUCAUUCACUGAAGAUUCUUUGGCCCAAUUGUUGACCGUCCAUAUGAAGGAUGAGCAGAAGAGGGCUGAAUGCGAGUAUCUUAUGUAUAAAGCUUAUACUCGUCAACACAUCUUGAAGGGUGUUGUCCUCGGUAUUGGUGAACUUGAGGACCGCUUUGAAACCGUUGCCAUUUGGUCUCAUCCUGAUUCCAUUGAAAUUGGAUUAGAAUCUUUUGCCACUCUCAUGGAAUCUGGAUAUGAUCAAUUGUAUAAAGCUUUUGACUCUGAGGGGAGACAAAAGGUUUUCGAAGGGAUGAUCCCCUUAUUACAUGAUUCAAGUGUGAGAAUUAUCUCCACAGACUCAAGAUUCAACGACAAGGCUUUAUUCACCUUGGUUUAUGUUGGUUCCACUGCAUCUGCUAGAGGUAAAGGUAAUGUAAGAUCGAUGUUUAAUUAUAUGUUUGAAAACUAUGUUGAUAAGUGGCCCAAUUCCAUUUCAUACUUGGAGAGUUCCAGUACCAUUAACAUUCCAAUCUACAACAAGUUUGGUUUCAUCUAUAAGGAAGACAUUGUGUUGGGUAAACGGUUUGAAGGAGCGGUUGAGGGUGUUGAUUUCGCUGAUAUGAACAUUAUGAUUAGAGGCAAUAAGGGUCAUGAUUGGACUAAGGAUGAAAACACCUAUAAGCCUUCAAAACUUUAG